GCAAUAAGGAACUUCAACAGCUGGCCGGCAAGGUUUACCUAUGUGCAGGAAUGCGAGGGCCAUCACUCCUUCCAGGACUCUGUUUUCUGCUGAGUUUAUCAGAAGUUAUGGCUCAAAAGACCAUAGCUUCUUGUAAGUGUCCCCAGCAUGCUGACUGUGUCAACAGCACUUAUUGUACUUGCAAACAUGGAUACACCUCUAUGCUCGGGAAGGAAUUCUUCACAUUUCCCUUGGCUACAUGCGAAGAAACCACUUCCUCAGCGACAACCAAAGCCAUGAAGGAGCUGCAACAUGUUGUUGAGACAUUCGAGUCACUUCUCGCUAAUAAAACUCUGCUGGGAACGGGAGAGAAGGAAAAAGUCGCAUCUUGGGCCACAGGUGUUCUCCAGACUUUGGAAACAGAUGCUCUAGACACUGCCUUGAAAUCCCCAGAGCAAAAAAUCCAGAAAAUCCACAACAGUACUGUGGCUAUUGAAACGCGAGUUGUUACAGACAAUUGCUCUGAAGAAGAACAGAUCUUCACCUUAAACACCCACAUGAACUCAGUGGACAUCCAUUGCAAUGACGUCGUGCAGGGAAACAUACAAGGUCCCACGGCAAUUGCCCUUAUUUCCUAUUCUUCCCUUGGAAACAUCAUAAAUGCAACAUUUUUUGAAGAGUCAAAUGAGAAAGACCGAGUUUACCUGAACUCUGAGGUAGUGAGUGCCGCUAUUGGACCCCAAAGGAACAAAUCUCUCUCCAAGUCUGUGAUUUUGAGUUUUCAGCACAUGAAGAUGAAGCCCAAUAAAGGAAAGGCCUUCUGCGUGUACUGGAAAAGCACAGGGGACCACGGCCAGUGGUCCAGGGAUGGCUGUUUCCUGAUACAAGAGAACGAAACUCACACCGUAUGCAACUCCACCCACUUGUCCAGUUUCGCUGUCCUCAUGGCCUUAACCAGCCAGGAGAAGGAUCCCGGGCUGACUGUGAUCACCUAUGUGGGGCUGGGUAUCUCUCUGCUGUGCCUCCUCCUGGCAGCCCUCACCUUCCUGCUGUGCAAAACCAUCCAGAACACCAGCACCUCGAUCCACCUGCAGCUCUCAAUCUGCCUCUUCCUGGCCCACCUGCUCUUCCUCACGGCCAUCGACCAGACUGAGAUCAAGGUGUUGUGCGCCAUCAUCGCAGGUGCCCUACACUAUCUCUACCUGGCCUCCUUCACCUGGAUGCUGCUGGAGGGUCUGAAUCUCUUCUUCACUGCACGUAACCUGACGGUGGUCAACUACUCCAGCGUGAGCAAGAUCAUGAAGAAGCUCAUGUUCCCCGUGGGCUAUGGAGUCCCAGCUAUAAUUGUGGCCAUUUCUGCUGUGAUCAAGUCUGACCUUUAUGGAACACCUGAUCGCUGCUGGCUCAACCUGGACCAGGGAUUCAUCUGGAGUUUCCUUGGCCCUGUCUGCGCCAUUAUCUGUGUGAAUCUAGUUAUUUUUCUCCUGAUCCUUUGGAUUUUAAAAAGGAAACUUUCCUCACUCAACAGUGAAGUGUCAACCAUCCAGAAUACAAGGAUGCUGACACUGAAAGCGACAGCUCAGCUCUUCAUCCUGGGCUGCACCUGGUUCCUGGGCGUCCUGCAGGUGGGUCCAGCUGCCCACGUCAUGGCUUACCUCUUCACCAUCAUCAACAGCCUGCAGGGCGUCUUCAUCUUCCUGGUCUACUGCCUCCUCAGCCAGCAGGUCCGAAAGUGGUUUGGAGAGAUCACGAAAUCUAAAUCUGAGUCUGAGGCUUAUACACUUUCCACCAAGUUUGGCGCUGACUCAAAACCCAGUGAAGCGGAUGUUUUUCCAGAGCAAGUGAAGAGAAAAUAUUCAGACUAGAACAUUCAAUUCCACGUGGAAAGUCACACCCCAGGAUCUGAUUGGCAUGGUGAGGAAUAAAGCUGAAGAAGUCAAGGGAAAUCAUUAUGGAAGUCAUCCUUGGAGCGGAAAGGUUUAGCCUUUACUUCCUGAAAUGUUGGGCUCUCAAUUAAUGUGUGUUUCAUUGGAUUUCUCUUCACUAUCAUGUGUUCAGCCAAUUCUUAUCCCUGGAUGCCCAAAUGAUGGGCAAAUACUCCCUUGAUGUUUUGUACACAAGGAGGCCCCUUCCAACGCCUUUCCUCGCAUUCUUACACUCACUCAUCCUGACCUUGCUCUUUAAACUGAUCCAGUCCUGGGCGCCUGGGUGGCUC